CGGCUACAGUCUGUGCAAGGUCUUCAAUUACAUUGCUUGGAUUGUACUUGGUUAUGAGGUUGGCUGGCACCGAUCUGAGAUUGGUGACAAUAAAGGACUGAUGUUAUGUUACCUUCAACCCUCAACUCUGGCAAAGCUAAGGUCAGGUCAAUCCAGCGUCGACUGACAUUUCCAUAUCGUUCGGGGGCAAUUGCUUGAUUCGAGCCAUGAUAACAGAAAUUAAGUGUUCAUAAUCUGAUCAUUAUGCAUUCGGUGACUCGGAAUAUUGUGAGUCAUCAAGAUACCUUACCAUUUGAUUCACUUUACGGCCCCGUGCAGGUCAAUAAGAGCACCAAAAACUACCAAUUGUCCAGCACGCCUCCCUUCAGCUCCCUCCCAUCAUCAUUAUUCCCCUUAGUCCAAUUAAGCCCUACCAAGCUUGACCGAAAAUGAUCCAUCUCGCUCCUGUGCCUGGCCCACUUCCCAGCCAAGCAACCAUCGAUCGCCGGAAAUGAUGCGCUCAUACAACAGAUCGGAUCGCGUUCCUUGGACGACCGCAUCCGAUCAGUCCAACCUUGUUCAGCUGAGACCAUGCACGCACUUAAACGUCAGAGUCAAUUUACUUCAAUUAGGUUCGAAUCGAUCACCGUAAGCUGCUUGCGACGCAUUGUUUGUACCCUUUUUUUCUAUGACGCUACGAUUAAGAGAUGGCUGGAAUGACGACACGGCUGAGACCAAAAGCAAUAAUAAUGGUUACAAAACCUGGGUGAUGGUUCAAAAAGAACCUGCAAUUAACAUCAAUUGAUCGCAAUUACUCAAUUCUCUCGAUAUUACACGUAUCCCAAUCCAAUCCGUAAACAAAACUGCAAUCAUGAAGGGCAACGAUGAAGUUAUCCAAGAGUUCAACGAGGUCGUCAACAUGACGGCCUCAGAGCUCGAGAAGUGGCUCAAGUCAGAUGAUUCCAACAGUGCUGGCUGGCCAAAGGAGGAUGAGAAUGGAGAGACUGUCGGACAUGACAGUGGUCGCAAGAUUGUUGAGAUCUUGAAGGAGAACCCCAAGAAAGAACCUGAGAAGUACACCGAUGAGCAAGUUGAGCACAUGCGCAAGGUUGUUUCCUACUGCAAGCGACAUCUUGCUCAGGAGGCCAAGGCCAACAACGACAAGUCCCCCGAGGAGGUCAAGAAGACCAAGUCUUACGCGUCACUCAAGAACUGGGGUCACGAUUUCCUCAAGGCCCAGGGCAAGGAGAACGGUAGUGAGAAGAAGGAAGAGAAAGAGGAAAAGGGAGAGGAAAAGCAAGAAGAGAACGACGACGCUGAGGAAGCCGAGGACGAAGAAGGUGAUGGCGAUGAUAAGCAAACCGGCGAGAAGCGACGGGCCACUCGAAGCCAGACUGGUUCAAACAAGAAGCGCGAGACUCGCAAGGGAGAGUCUACAAAGUCCAAUGAUGAAGAGGAAGAGGAAGAGGAUGAAGACGAAGAAGAUGGUGAAAAGAAGCAGUCCAAUGGCCAGUCCAAGAAGUCCAACGGAUCCUCAAAGAAGGAGGAAGAGGCUGAAGAGGAACAAGAUGAUGAUGAGGGUGGUGAUGACUCUGGCGCAAAGAAAGGACCUAAGAAGGGUGAGACUGUGAGCUGGAACUGGGGACAAGGACAGCCCGAGGGCAAAGUCUUGGAUGUCAAGGCUGAAGAUACGACAAUUACAACGAAGAACGGUAAUGAGGUCUCCAGGAAGGGUGAUGAAGAGGAUCCUGCUGUUGUAUUGGAUACGGGCAAGAACAAGGCUAUCAAGAAGGCUCAUGAGUUGAACUAGACGGUUUACGCGGGUUUUCAUUGAGUGGUAAUAAAGAGGGAAUUUUUGUAUUUACUGGAUCUUCACAUUACAUGUAAUAUCAUGCUUGCAACCAAUACCGACCCCAUUCUCACUCAUCUAAGCGUGAGUCAUUAAAAGUCAUC